ACGCUGAAGAAAAAAAAAAAAGAAAACACUAUACCUAUUAAAACAUGUAUGGAGCCGAUUGAGGCAUUAUUAAACCAUCAAAGGAGCCGAGAAGGUGGCGCGCCGAACCUGUGACUCACCUGUUUACUGCCACGCCACCGGAGACUCGCAGGCACACGGUAAACAGUGGCAGCACCUACAUUAAGGGGAAAGAUUGCAGCCAUCUAUGUUGUUGUGUAGAGCUGUCUUUUCCUUGACAAGAUCACUCCAGCACUUCAACUACAGCAUGGAGCUGAAGGAGGCGGUGGCAGUCCUCGACGGCCUUGCUGCGCCCUCAUUGGCUGAGUCUUGGGACAAUGUGGGCCUCCUGCUGCAGCCCUACACACAGAGGGAGGUCAAGACUGUUUUCCUGACCAAUGACCUGAGUGAGGACGUGAUGGCGGAGGCAGUGGAGCAGAAGGCUGACCUGAUCCUCUCCUACCACCCACCUCUGUUCCGCCCCUUCAAGAGGAUCACCACAGGGUGGAAGGACAGAAUCAUCGCCUGCUGCUUGGAGAAGGGCAUCGCUGUCUACUCCCCCCACACUGCCUAUGACACACUGAAGGGUGGCGUCAAUGACUGGCUGCUGAAGGCAUUUGAUGUACAAGGAGUCACCCCUCUGCAGCAAAAAGAUGUCUCACCACCGUAUAGCCAUCAAGUAGAGGCAAACUCUGCACAUGUUCCUGCAGCUGAGGACUUUGUACAGAAGGUCACACAAGAGUUUGGAGAGAGAGUCAGUGUUGUGAGUAAUGGUGGAAAAUGUGUGAAGGUGCUGUGUGGUGAGCAGGCACUGCCAACCAUUGUUAACCUGGCCAACCGGACUCCUGAACCACCCAAGCUUGUGGUGACAAAGCUAGAAAAGGUGCCACUGUUUGAACAUGGUGCUGGGAGGAGAGCCGGCCUGAGGGAGUCCAUCACCAUACAGGAAGCCAUCAGCCGGGUCAAAACUCACCUGGGUUUGCCUCACAUACGUGUGGCUGUAGCUCAGGGGUCAAAGCUUGACUCUCAGGUGAAGACUGUGGCUGUGUGUGCUGGGUCAGGAGCGUCAGUGCUGCGUGGUGCUGCUGCCGACCUGUGGCUCACUGGGGAGAUGAGUCACCAUGAGGUGUUGGAUGCAGCACACAAUGGCACCACUGUCAUUCUGGUGGACCAUUCUAACUCUGAGCGUGGCUUCCUGAAGGAGGAGCUGCAGCCAACCCUCCAUCAGCUCUUUGCAGGGAAAGUGAAUGUUCUCAUCUCACAGCAGGACAGAGACCCUCUACAGGUUCUCUAGUUCCAGAGAGUCCCAGUCUCUGGUGAUGUAAUAUUACAUCCAUGACUGUGCCUUCUGUCAGAUGGAUUGCUACUUGCCUUUAUGUUCAGGUAUGUUUAUCAGAACAUCAUGGAUAUUGUACAUUGUAGGUACGCACACUCAAAAAACUUUCGUUACAAUGGGGUCCGACAAAUUUCACACUGAGCAAUCUGUUAAUCUCGGCAGGGUUGGUAUGAGUGCGAUCACCCCCACCACCUCAGCUCUGCUGGGGGGAGCAGGACAGGACCCCCGUAAGGGAGGGAUAGAGAGGAAGGGAGACACUGAGAUACCAGAUAUCACCAUAAUAUUAACAGAGUGAUUUGAGUGCCACUUGUUUAAGCUUUAUAUUCACAAAUUAUUAAACAAUAAUGCUCAUAUGAUAUACAUAACAGCAGUGGGUAGAAAUAUUCUCCCAUGUCAAAGAAAAAACAACCAUCAACGCAUGUCAGAUAUAGUUCAGUUCAUAAUGUCCCAUCCUGGAACUAAUGCUUCCACUGAACAUGUCUUUUCUUUCAUGAACAAGUUGUGGGCAUCAGAAAAAAAAGCACAACUUCAAAUUGCAACGUUAAAAGCAUUACUGGGAAGAAAGAUAAAGUUUAAACAGAGUUG